GAGUAAACUAAACUUGAUGAAUAAGAUGCUCAAAAACAUUCAUCAAAAAAAUUUCCACCGGAAACCACCCCAAAUCGCGACGACCGGACAGAGUCUCCUAUAGAAGGACUUAAUUGACUUUUUUAUGAAAGUUCGAAGACCUAUUUGACAGUUUUCCUUUAUUAAAAUGAUAAUUUUAAUACUCUAAGAAUUAGGACCAGCAAUUUAUAGCUUUAAUUGGACUUCAAUUGGACCUCAAUUCCAGCCUUUUUGACCCAACAACCCAAUUAUUUUAAAUAUUUAUGCCUAACCCUACCCAACCCAGCAACCCUAUCCACCCUCACAUUAAACCCCUAAACCUACCCAACCCAACCCCCUUAAUGUAUAACCCCGAUGGUCUCCAGAUCAUUCACCCCUCUUUGGCAACCUCCGUACACAACGGCACAACCUACCCCUUCGGCAGUCCUUCGUCUAGCCCUUCACUUUCACCAUUUUUCCGGUCGUCUGUGAAGGUCGGUGCGGCAUUAAGGCUGGAUGUUAAGCGUCAGUUAUCAUCGUUCGUGGAUUCUGCGGCUGGUCUCAGUCGUUUGAUUCUGAGUUUGUGGCGUUUCCCAGUAGCAUGAAGUGACCUCCCU